CUGAAAUGCAUGAGUCCACACUUUGGAUCGAUUCACAACGGCAUCUCCUUAAACAUCAGGAGGAGUGAUGGGAGGGUCCAUCCUGCAGUCGUCGCUUCCGUCAACAACAACAGCGUGACAGUGGAGUGGAUCGAGAAGGGCACCAACAAGGGCAAGAAGGUCGAUCUAGCCACUCUGUUCCUGCUGAACCCGGGACUGGCCCUUCCAGAAUACCCCGAGUCAUGUAGAAUCCAAUUCCAGUUGCCAUUGUCCGAGCUCUAUUCGGCCAAGGGCAAUAAGAGCUUGACAAACCACUGGAUGGUGCACCCACAGAAGAAGGAGACGGCUUCGGGGGACAAUGCAGUGAUCUUCAAUGAACCUAUUCUGGUGAAGCAGAGGAAGUCAUACUGCCUACGGGAGAUUGAGAAACUACAGAAGCAGCGGGAGAAGCGGAGACAGCAGUUGCUGGAAUUUCAGGCCAAGAAAGCCCUAAAUGUCAAUGUCGUUAGUCCUAACUACGAAAUCAUGUGUAUGAUUCAGGAGUACCGUAGGCAGAUGGACUACUCCAAGAUGCUCAACUCUGAAACCACAGAUGACCACCGAAUCUGUGUUUGUGUUCGCAAGAGGCCACUCAAUGAGCAAGAAACCCUGUUGAAAGACUUGGACAUCAUUACCAUCCCAACCAGCAACGUGGUCAUGGUGCAUGAGUCCAAGCAGAAGGUAGAUCUAACCCACUACCUUGAGCACCACACCUUCCGCUUUGACCAUGCUUUCGAUGACACUGCCUCCAAUGAGUUUGUGUACAGAUUCACUGCACAGCCACUGGUGGAGAACAUCUUCCACAGAGGUAUGGCCACUUGCUUUGCCUAUGGUCAGACAGGCAGUGGAAAAACCCACACCAUGGGAGGGGACAUUUUUGGCAGAAACCAGGACUGCUCCAAAGGCAUCUAUGCUUUAGUGGCUGAGGAUGUCUUCUUAAUGCUCAAGAAGCCCACUUACGAGAAGUUGGACCUGAAGGUCUAUGGGACAUUUUUUGAGAUUUAUGGGGGCAAAGUCUAUGAUUUACUGAACUGGAAGAAGAAACUCAAGGUCCUUGAGGAUGCCAAGCAACAAAUCCAGGUUUUGGGACUGCAGGAACAGGAAGUGUGCUGUGUAGAAGAUGUGCUGAACCUCAUUGAGCUAGGCAGCAGCUACCGAACUUCAGGCCAGACAUCUGUCAAUGCCCACUCUUCUCGGAGUCAUGCAGUGUUUCAGAUCAUCCUUAAGAGGAGAGGGAAACUACAUGGAAAAUUUUCCCUCAUUGACUUAGCUGGGAAUGAAAGGGGAGCAGACACCUGCAGAACCAACAAGCAGAGGCAGCUAGAAGGGGCAGAGAUAAACAAAAGUCUCUUGGCACUCAAAGAGUGUAUAAGGGCAUUGGGACAAAGUCAGCCUCACACCCCAUUCAGAGCCAGUAAACUGACACAGGUGCUUAGGGACUCAUUUAUAGGCCAGAACUCCUCCACCUGUAUGAUUGCUACAAUCUCUCCAGGGCUGAGUUCUUGUGAAAACACUCUCAAUACUUUAAGGUAUGCAAACCGAGUGAAGGAAUUAACUCUUGAUGCUAGGCUCUUAGGCUAUCUCCAUCCACAUGGGCACCAGGAGUCAAGACUACUAGAUAAACACAUUGUGACCCCUGUAGGGACCCAAGAGAAGAGAGAUUAUAAAAUAUUUUUACAGAGUGAGGAAGAAGAGGAUGAGGAAGAUGAAGAGCAGGUGACAUCUUUAAAAUCAGUUAAAAAAAAUUCAGUAUCAUGCAAUGAAUCCAGCCAGUGGCUCAGAGCCUUUUUAGAGAUGGCAGAUGGAAUAAGCUUUGAUGUAGAUUUCUGUGCUGCCCAGUUAGAGUCCAUCUUGGAGCAGAAAAUUGUUUCUCUGAAAGAAAUCCAAGGAAGGGUGAAAUUAUUUCGGGAAAGCCUCCAGAAGGAAAAGCCUGGCAAUUGA